ACCUUGUUUGCAACUGUUAUCAAAGCUCUGCAUCGGGAGCUAGCGCUCGAUUUGAAAGCUCAGGGUCAUGGUGCCAAAGGGGACAACAUCUACGAAUUUCAGAUCGAGUUCCUGGAACCUGUUGAGCCUAAACCUGUAUGCAGGGUGACUCAAAGGCAGCUGAACAUCACUGUGCAGAAAAAAGAGAGUAACUGGUGGGAGAGACUCACCAAGCAAGAGAAGCGCCCGCUCUUCCUAGCUCCUGACUUUGACCGCUGGUUAGAUGAAUCGGAUGCUGAAAUGGAGCUGAAGGAGAAGGAAGAAGAAAAGAUUAACAAAAUGAAAAUAGAAUCCAGAGUCCCAAAAGACCCUUUCAGACACCUGAAGAAGGGAUACUUAAUCAUGUAUAAUCUUGUACAGUUUUUGGGAUUCUCUUGGAUUUUUGUGAACAUGACAGUACGACUGUUCAUCUUAGGAAAAGAUUCCUUCUAUGAUACAUUUCACACCAUUUCUGACAUGAUGUAUUUCUGUCAGACCCUGGCAUUAAUGGAGAUCAUGAAUUCCCUAAUAGGACUUGUCAGGUCGCCUCUGCUACCUGCUGUACUGCAGAUAUUUGGAAGAAACUUUAUUUUGUUUGUUAUCCUUGGAAGUUUAGAGGAAAUGCAGAGCAAGCCUGUGGUGUUCUUCAUAUUUUAUUUCUGGAGUAUCAUCGAGCUGUUCAGGUAUCCGUAUUACAUGCUUUCAUGCAUCGGUAUUGAGUGGAAACCACUAACCUGGCUCCGUUACAGUACCUGGAUCCCUCUGUACCCUUUAGGAGGCUUGGCAGAAGCUGUCUGUAUCGUUCAGUCCAUUCCAAUCUUCAGUGAAACAGGGAAAUUUAGUCUGGGAUUGCCAAACCCACUGAACGUCACAAUCCAGUUCUCAUUUUUGCUUCAACUAUACCUUAUAGCCUUGUUUUUAGGGGUAUUUGUCAACUUCCGUCAUCUCUACAAGCAAAGGAAACAGCACCUUGGACCAAAGAAGAGGAAGAUGAAGUAAAGGAGGACUGCAAUGCUUUCUUACCUGACUUCUCUCGAUGACAAGAUAAGCCUCUAAUUCUUAACGGUUUUACCCACUGUAUUGUAAAGAAUUUUUGUAAAAUGGAAUGAUCACGCUAGACUUCAUGAUUUCGUAGUGAAUUCAGGUAACAUUCCCACGCACUGUAUUUUGUUCCCUUUCAAUCAUGUAUGCAUGGCGUUUACCACUGAACAGUAACAUUUAAACUUGUAUCCUGUCAACUACCACGUUAGAAAGAAAUCCUAUUAUCUGCAUAUAAUGUGCUUAUCAACAGUGGAGCAGCACUACAUAGAAAUAGUGUUUAUCUUUUAAUUGGCUAUUUGCUCUUUCGAUACUGCAUGCAGAUAGGGCUUCUGAUGCUGGGACAUCCUGUUAGCUGGCCCAUGCUGUUCCUGGGGUGCAUCCUGGUGGCAGGAGGAGCACGGCCUGAGACCACUGGCAGCAGUGUUGGGGUGUUUAUUGAUGGUUGGAGUAAAUUUGCUCAGCA